AUGAACUGCAGCAAGUCCCCUGACUUUGUCCUCUCGGGGUUAUCCAGUGACCCAGAGAAAGGGAAGCUCCUCUUUGGUCUUUUUUUAGCUCUCUACUUGCUAGGCCUCCUAGGGAAUUUGCUACUUCUGCUGGCCAUCGGAGCUAACGUAUGCCUUCACACUCCCAUGUAUUUCUUCCUCAGCCAGCUCUCCCUGGUAGAUCUCUGCUUCACUACCACCACAGCCCCUAAAACGCUGAGGACUUUGUGGACCAGCAAUGGAUCCAUCUCUUUCUCUGGAUGUCUGACGCAAUUAUAUUUCUUUGCUGUUUUUGCUGACAUGGACAGCCUACUUUUAACGGUCAUGGCUAUUGACCGCUAUGCUGCCAUUUGCCAUCCUCUGUACUAUUCACUCCUAAUGACACCUUGCAGAUGUGGGGUGAUGGUCAGUGGGUCAUGGGGAGUGGCCCACUCUGUCUCUCUAGUCCAUACCCUAUUGCUGUCUCGACUAUCUUUCUAUACUGGUCAAGAGAUUCCUCACUUUUUUUGUGAUUUUGGCCCACUCUUACGGCUUUCCUGCUCUGAUGCCCAUCUCAGUGAAGACCUGAUUAUGGCUCUGACAGGAUUUUUAGGAAUUAGUCCUCUACUCUGCAUCAUAGGCUCCUAUGCCCAUAUUUUCCAUGUUGUAACUAGGGUGCCAUCAGCACAGGGGAGAAGAAAAGCCCUGGCCACAUGCGGCUCCCAUCUUUCUACAGUCGUCCUCUUCUAUAGCACAGUCUUUGCCACCUACCUGAAGCCCCCAUCAACUGCUCGCUCCUCUGAGGAGCAGGUUGCUGCUAUCAUGUAUACCCUGGUAACUCCUACUCUAAACCCUUUCAUUUACAGUCUAAGGAAUAAGGAUGUGAAGAGUUCUCUGAGAAGAAUUCUGAGCAUGAAGAGUUCUCAGGAUUAG